UGUAAGGAGGCAUCACCACACCCACCAUCCAUGUCUAUACUAUACCCCACCUUCCUUCCCUCUCUCUCAUCUAUCUUUUCAGAUAAAAUCGCAGUUACCACUUACCACCACCUCCUUCCUUCCUUCCUUUCUUCCCUCCAUCCCCUCUCAGUUGCCGUUUUCCUAUUUCACAUGUGAAAAAACCCUAGUUCAAAUGAAUUAAAUGAUGUAUGUAGAGAGAGACACAGAUGUAUGCAUCCGUGGGCUCCUUAUUCCCCCUAAAACAAACUAAGCCAUUUAGCUUCUCUCCUUUUCUCUCUCUUGACCCAUACUCUCUCUCUCUCAUGAGUCAUGAGUGAUGAUAUUCUUGUAAAUAGUGAGUUAUAAGUAAGGAAAUCUGUGAAGGCAUCCUCACGUCUUUCCAUUUUCUGCAAUCCGUGUAAUGGAUUCGGGCAACAGUACCGCUGGGAGCAUGCAGUCCUCAAGUAGUGGUGCUCCUGCUGAUGAAGAUUCGUACGACUCACACUCACGCGCCCAACAACAACAACCCCAACCCCAUCAUCAUCAUAUUCUAAAUCAGUUAUCAACAACAACAACAACAACCACCCUUCACCACACCCACGCCCCUAUCUUUGAUCCUUUGUUAUCAUCAUCAUCAACAACUUCAACAACCUUCUUGGAUCCAUCAUCAUCUUCAAUUCAAAGAUCAAAUCCAACAAUAGUAAACAACCUCGACAUGCCGUGGUACAUCACACCGAGAUCCGGACUCGACCAACCGGAUCUUUCCACCGUCAUGCCGCAAUUCGCUGUUCCACCACCACCGCCGCCGCCGCCGCUACCACCGUUGCUGCAGCAACAACAACAACAAGAAGCGCGCAGCAACGCAAACAGUAACAGCACGGUGGUUCGGAACCCGAAGAAGAGGUCGAGGGCUUCACGGCGAGCACCAACGACGGUUUUAACAACGGACACCACGAAUUUCCGAGCUAUGGUUCAAGAAUUCACUGGUAUUCCGGCACAGCCUUUCACUUCUUCUUCUUCUUCUUCUCCUUUUCCAAGAACAAGGUUGGAUCUCUUUGUUGGUGGCGGUUCUUCUUCUUCUUCUGCUGCUGCUGGUCCUCCUUAUCUUCUUCGUCCAUUUGCGCAGAAAGUUCCUCUACCGUCGUCGUUUCCUCAAACCAAUUAUAAUUCUUCACCUUCUUCUUCCAUGGUGAUGAACAACAUAUUAUUUGUUCCUAAUUCUAACAAUCCAAUUAAUAACAGCUACCAACAACUUCCUUCUUCUUCUUCCCCCCUUGGGCUUUUGAAACAGCAUCAGCAUCUUAAUAAUGUGAACAUGAACAACAUGCAAAACAACAACAACAACAACAACCCUGCAUCGAUUCUGAGCUUUCAAUCGAUUCUUCAAGCACAACAAAUUAGAAUGGGUGUGUUGGAGGAACAACUAGGAUUCACUCGUGCGCAUGUUAGCACCACCAACAACAUCAGCAAUGGAGGAGUGUUAGAGAAGGGAAGAACCGAAGGUAUGGUGGAGUCAUGGAUCAAUUGUUCUUCUGAUUAAAUUAAAGAGCACUCAUGCAUCAUCAUCAUCAUCAAAAACAAAACAAGAAAAGGAUUAUC